AUGUCCCGGUUAUCGCGGAUGCGGAGGCUCGCCUCUCUGCAGUUGGCGAGGGCGUCCUCUUCCUCCUCGUCGACCCGAGCAUCCUUUGCAGCCUGCAGGACCAUCUCGACGACAUGCGCGCCGCAAGGCAAGAGCACGGAAUGGGUGCGCGGGAAGCUCUGGAAAGGCGAGGCGCCCGGUCUCGAGGAUCCCUACACGCAACGCGCCGAGCCCCCCGACGCCUCGAACCUGCCCGAGGAAGCACUCCAGCUCCCGCGCGCCGACAGGACUCCCGCAGCGAUCCGAGCGUCCCGGCUGGUUCUGCCGCCCAAGCGAACCGAGGCUGCGUCGGAGAAGGAAGCCAAGUCGUCAGACCCGACGUACAUCCCGGCAACCGACGGCGAGAGCCUCGAGCAGAUCAGCUCCCUGGACGCGUGGUGGGAGCAAGACGGCCACUGGGGACCGGAGAGCGAGUUCAAGCCCUUUGGCAGCUCGGACAAGGUGGCGGACAGGCAUGUUGUCGAGGUCUACCUCAGGCAGGCUGUGGUCGAGGCCCUCUCCCUUCAGCAAGCCGGGCUUUUCUCAGAAUGGGCAAGCAAGAGGUGGCGCGGAGGCAGCACCCGAAGCGACUUGGACCAGGUUCUGGCAGUCGAGGUCCAGGUGCAAGACGGCCAGGCUACGUUGAAGGGCGACUCCUCUCGCAUCUCGCAAGGCCUGCUGGCCGAGGUGGAUGAAGUCGAGCCGGGCGAGAGAGUUACUGCAGACGAGGCUGCGGAAAUGGUUAAAGCUUGGGAUGCUUCUUGGAAGGACCUGGUUCUGGACGACCAGAUGAAGUUUACACUCCGAAAACGCCUCUAUCAGCUCACGGGGACCCUGAUACCGGACGCCAAACUCGGCGCCGCCCGCACCAUCAGGCACGUUCUGACGCUGGCUGCCAAGCAACCCAAGCCGCAGAGGCUGGCCGAGCUGCUGGAACGCCGGAGCGACGUCCAGCGACUGGGCAACCUGAAGGUGCACCGUGCCAAGAUUGGGCCCGUGGAGAAGGAGACGGCCUUGGGUCGGUGGAAGGUGAUUGAGGCGGAGCUGGCGAAGCGGAACCUGCCCGUCACGGGCACUGCGGGCUUGUCCAAGAGCAAGGAGAGGGAUUGGAUCAUGGGAAGGGCUUGA